GGCCCUCAGCCAGCCACGGAGCAGCAGCAGCGUCCCCAGAUCGUCCGUCCUGCCACUGCUGGGUCCGACUCCGUCUGGCGACAACGGUAGUGGGGGACUUGUUUUGAUUAAAGUUGACGGAUUUUUUCAUGUUUUUUCCUCCGUUAUCGUUACCUUGAAAUCCAGGAUGUAUGCUGCGGAAUCUGAGUCUUCAACCGUUGGCUGUUCCUCACAUUCCAGACGGAGAAACAAACUUGGGAAUUAACCGAUCUUAGAGCGGAGAGCAGCAACUUUUCCAACUGCUGUACUACUAAACGGGCUGACCUAUGCUAAAGCUAACCCGCUAGCCAAAAGUCUGGAAUGCAGUUGAAAUUCCUCUUGAAAGUUCACAGACGAGCAGGCAAACUUUCCAUUCCGCGCCUCUUCGACUGUAUGAGAUUUCCUAGCGACUUUGGAAGUGAAAGCUGCCCCACGGAGCCGCUGUGUGUUUGGUCCGGGUGGACGGUGCAGGUGCACCUCCUGCGGCACCUGCGAAAAGUUGGUAACUUAGCUUCACCGCAUUAGCUUGUUGGUUAGCAUUAAGCAGCAGAAGAAAGUGUUGCGGGAAAGUGUGUCCUCUCAUAGUUGAAUUUUUUUCAGCCAUUCAUUUUACAACAACUUCACAUUGCUUUUUCACCGCCAGCCUAAAAAGUCUAGGUAUUAGCUGGACCGUGUCUCUGCUAACCGUAGCAGCCUCCUCGCUAGCUAGUUAUUGACCCUCACUUUUACCGGAGUGGCGACGUGGAUUCAGUCACGGCUGUGGACGCUCUCUCUCUGUCCCACAGGACUUUGGACAGUUUGACUUUGCCGUGGGCUGCGCAGAGAAAUCCCCUCUGUUCUCACCGGAUAGUGUCGUAGAUGUGACAGCAUGAUUAUGUCAAAAAGCUACUUUCUACCGUUUUAAAGUUUUCAUUUGUCCUAAAAGCUCCGCACCCUAUGGUGCCGCUACGGCCACCGAGAAAUGGAUGUCUCGCAGGCCGCUUUCCCAAACGGUGAAGGGCGGCCGGGCGGCGGUGGGACCGGGGAACAUGCCUGGACAGAGUCCCCCACAGUUCGGGCGUGGGCUCACUCUGCCCCGCUGUGCCCGACUCGAUCCCUGUGGACCGCUGCGUAUGACUACGAGGCAAGCGGGGAGGACGAGCUCAGCCUCAGGCGAGGGGACGUGGUAGAGGUCCUGUCCAAGGACGCUGCCAUCUCCGGGGAUGAGGGAUGGUGGACCGGCAAGAUCAACCACCGCGUCGGGAUCUUCCCCUCCAACUAUGUCACCUACCAGCCCGCUAUUUACCGUCUCCCCACUACCAGUGUCUCGGUGGGGGUACGAGAGCGAGUCCCGGGCUCGCCGGUGCAGAUCCCCUUCAGCGAACUGGUCUUAGAGGAGAUCAUCGGCGUGGGUGGAUUUGGAAAAGUGUACCGGGGCACAUGGAAGGACCAGGAGGUCGCCGUGAAGGCGGCUCGGCAGGACCCAGAUGAGGACAUAACGGCCACCUCCGGCAGCGUCAAACAGGAGGCGAAGCUUUUCUCCAUGCUGCAGCACUCCAACAUUAUUAAACUGGAAGGGGUGUGCUUGGAGGAGCCCAACCUGUGUCUGGUCAUGGAGUAUGCCCGAGGGGGGACACUGAACCGGGUGCUGACCGGAAGGCGCAUCCCUCCUCACAUCCUGGUCAACUGGGCCGUGCAGAUCGCACGCGGGAUGCACUAUCUGCACGAGGAGGCCGUGGUACCCAUCAUCCACAGAGACCUGAAGUCUAGCAACAUUUUAUUACUUGAAAAGAUUGAGAAUGACGACAUCGGGAGGAAGACCUUGAAGAUCACAGAUUUCGGCCUCGCCAGGGAGUGGCACAAAACCACAAAGAUGUCAGCAGCAGGCACCUACUCCUGGAUGGCCCCUGAGGUCAUCAAGUCAUCUCUUUUCUCCAAAGGCAGUGACGUCUGGAGUUAUGGCGUCUUGCUCUGGGAGCUGUUAACAGGCGAGGUGCCGUAUCGUGGGAUUGACGGUCUGGCUGUCGCUUAUGGCGUGGCAGUUAAUAAAUUAACCCUACCAAUCCCCUCCACUUGCCCCGAACCUUUCGCCAAGCUCAUGGAAGAGUGCUGGGACCAGGACCCCCACGUCCGGCCCUCCUUCUCCUGCAUCCUGGAGCAGCUGUCGGCCAUCGAGGAGGCCGUGAUGGCCACAAUGCCCCAGGACUCCUUCCACAGCAUGCAGGACGACUGGCGAGUGGAGAUCCAGGAGAUGUUUGAUGAGCUCAGGACCAAAGAGAAGGAGCUCCGUUCCAGGGAAGAGGAGCUGACUCGAGCCGCCCUCCAGCAGAAGUCUCAGGAGGAGCUGCUGAAGCGUCGGGAACAACAGCUGGCAGAGCGAGAGAUCAACGUGUUGGAGAGAGAACUCAACAUCCUCAUCUUCCAGCUCAACAAAGACAAGCCCAACGUGAAGAAGAGGAAAGGCAAAUUCAAACGUUCCCGCCUCAAACUGAAGGACGGAAACCGCAUCAGCCUUCCCUCAGACUUCCAGCAUAAGAUCACCGUGCAGGCGUCCCCUUCUAUGGACAAAAGGCGGAGUCUCCACAGCACCAGCUCUUCUCCUCCCAGCAGUCCCACACUCAUCCCCAGGCUACGAGCCAUUCAGCUUACUCAAGACGAGAGCAACCGUACGUGGGGCCGCAGCUCCCUCUUCAGGCCAGAGGAGUUCGAUGACGUGAAAAAGGGAAUCAAGAAGAAAGGAAGGACCUGGGGCCCCAGUUCAGUGCAGAGCAAGGAAAGACCUGCUGCUGCUGAGAGAGUGCGUCCUCUAUCAGACGGCAGCAACCCCUGGUCCACCAGCCUGGUGAAGUCCCAGAAGUCUGUCCCCCUUGCUGCCCUGUUUGCUGACCAAGCUGGGGCCGGUAAAGACGAGGCGUUCGCCCAGGAAUGUCCUGACAGCAGCUCCAAACCAAAGCAGCUCAAGUUCCCCAACCAGGUGUACAUUGAUCUACCUCUGUGGAGGGACGAGCAGCAGCCCCAGAGCCCCGCCGGGAACUGUGGGCCGGGAGACGGAGGGGUCGGGGCAGCGGGUCAGGGCGGCCCACCUGAGACACCAGACGACCCCUACACCACCACGUCCACGUCGUCCACCUCCACCACCCCACAGCUCACCCCCACCAACAGCCUGAAAAGGACGUCAGCUCGCAGGAAGACUGACUCGGUGCUGUACGGCUGCGGCUCGCUGCUGGCUUCAGUCGUGCUCGGUUAUGACAUCAGGGAGGCUCUGAAAAACUCGACCCCCGGAGAAGACUGUGAGCCGCAGAAAGAGGAGAAAGAGAAGAAGAAGAAGGAGGGCCUGUUUCAGCGCGCGACACGUUUCCGCCGCAGCACCUCGCCACCAAGCGGCCGCUCCCGCAAAGACGAGGCGUCCUCCAACCACACCUCCACCCAGCCGGUUAAUCUCAUCUCCAUGUCCGCCAUCAUGGAAUGCAACUCCACCAAGUGCCUGCUGCAGUCUGAGGGGGAGGUGUCGGAGUCCAGCCCCGGGAAGGUCGAACACGUGGUCGUCAAUCAUCACACAGAGCCGCCCAGACCCGGAACGGCAGCAUCCACCGACGCUCAGAGCAGCAAGACCGCAGCUAAAACACAGACGCCUGUCCAAACCCAAAGCCAGCCGCCGGAGCAGAGCAACCACAACACAGGAACACGUCUACGCAGGAAGAAAUACACCAGCAGCCACACCAAUGGACCGCCCACUCUGCCUCCUCCAGCCACACAGAAGAAGCAAGAGAAAGAGAAGGAUGGAGUGUCAGAGAAGCCCUCCGGUGGAGAGGCCUUCUCCAGACCUCGGCCGGUGUCUUUCCGGACCAAACCCCACACCUGGGCCCUGCUGCGAGGACGCAACAAGAGCUACUCCCUGGGCCACUACUCUGGAGAGAAGACGGCGCAGAACCUGAACAUGGUGCUGUCCUCGGAGGUGGGGGUGGGCUGCUCCCUGCUGGACAUGGACACCGAGGGCCAGAAACGAGACUGCACCGUGCCGCUCUGCCGCAUCCAGAGCUCCCCGGCUCGGCCCUCCGUCUUCGAGCUGGAGAAAGAGUUCCUCUCUUAGGAGCCUCGACAAGUAAUCUGCUGUGGUUGUAGCUCAUCAGACAGACAGAAUAUUUUUGGCCUAGAACUCCUGGAGGGUUUAGAACCAGGCUGCCUUUGUUUCCAUUUUUUAAAAGAAGUUCUUUCUUGAACUGUAGGACUCAGCUUUGUCUUAGAACAUAGUGCUGUCAGUGUUCUAGAGCGUAACAGAGUCUGAGACUUCUAGGAGACGCCGGUGUCACAGCAGUUCUGGAGCGUUCGCCCUCGUCUCACCGGAGAACGUCGCGGCGUUCUGAAACCUGAGCAGAACGUUCCCGAGCCGGAUCAGCAGCUCUGAUCGCUCAUCUCUCUCCCCCUUCGUCACCCCUCCUCCCUUCUGUCGGUGCAGCUAAACGUUGACCGCUGCUGCAGCUUUCGCAACACAGUACCCUCACCUUUUUAUUUAUAUAUAUAUUUUUAUAGGUAAUUUAAUAUGAAGAGACUCGACCUGACCUUAGCAGCCUGCAGGACAUACAUUCCAUGUCAGUUUCGAAGCUGUGUGAUCACGCUUUUAGAGUUCUUUGACUUGAGAAUCAUGCAUGCAUGUACCCUUAAAAUGUUGAACACAAAAAAAAAUCAUUAUGCCUUGUUUGUAAAUAUUUCUUUUUAUUCUUUAUCGGCCUAACGCUGGCAGUCAUUUUGUAUUGCAUAUGCGCUGUUUUAUGACUGUUUUCAAAGUCAGCAGGACGGGUUACAUACCUUAUGGUAGCGGGGAUGCUCGUAUGUUUCCACCCAGAACACCCUGAAGAUUUUUAGAGAUGCGGGUAGAAAAACACUGGAAGUCCUUACAGAGCAGACGUGGAAUCUUUCCUUUUAAAAGCUGUGGUCAUAUGUUGCUAAUAUGGAUUUUUCUAAGAGUAUUUAUAGAAAAGUUGGUUAAUAUGCAGCAGAAAGCAUGUCAGGAAAACCUGCCCCAAGUUAAUGAAUUCAUAAUGUGGUCCCCUGAUGACAGCUGACUGGUUGGAAGUAUAAUGUCCUGAAGCCCCGGAGUUUCCACACGAGAGAGUUUUUAUUUGAAAACACUUUCUAGAUGCAGAAAACCUGACAGAUCUGUGCCUUCAUGUCCGAUUUCAGCCCCAGUUUAGUUUCAUGUGGUUCAUUUUUCUGUUACGUUUAACUAGUCUGACGUUUACGAGUCAGAUUUUUACUUUUUUUAAUGUAACAUUGAGCAAAGGCUUUCCCUAGUUAGCCAAACAUCCUCCUAAAGGCCAGUUCAUGCUUUCUAGGCAUCUGCAAUGACAUGCAUGAGGCAAAUUUCAUCACAACACGUCUGCAGACGGCCAAAACAAGCGCUUGUUUUGUAGAGAAGCUGUGCAACGAGAUCCUCCGUUAUCCACACCUUUUUACAGUAUCAUCUAAAGAGUUGUUAUUAAAGGAGCUGCAGAAUUCUAGCUACGUGUUUUCCAUUGAUGGUGUCCAACACAAGAGGCUCUAAAAUCUCCAGAUGUCCUGUGUUGUGUCCGACAGAAACUUGGUUCUCUGCACGUUUUUGACAAAAUUCAGUUGUAACGGGUUCUUCUCAGUAAAAUUUCAGUUCACAGCCUUUUAUUAUGCAAGUUAACCAACGUUUCAACAACGUUUCAACAAAGUUACAGCCUUCUAGAAGCAUCUACAAGGAGGUUUUCUGUUUGACAUGAGCAGUAAUAUCUGUGCUGCUUACUGUUGUAGUACAAAUACAACCCUAUUUUUAGCAGGAACCAUGAAUUGGCCUUUUAUCGAGUUCAGGAAGUUCAAGGACAGAAUUUGUUUGCUUUUCAUCAUUAUACUGUAAACUUCCGGCCACUUGAACAGUUUCCUGAUUCAUUAACAGGUUUUUCUCUGAACCUGAUAUCAUGUAGCUGAUCUACUGGACGUAGCUCCAGCUUCAAUCCGGGGCUACAUUAAAAAGUGAAGUGAUUAUCGAUCCAUAAAUGUUUGAUUGCAUUCCCCCAACCUUUCAUCGUCGCUGUCUUCGUUAGAAAACCUGCUUUGGAAGGACUUUACUGACAGAUCUGAGUUUCCAAAUGGUGUAAAUAUAACUGUGAUUCCUGCUGUUUAUAUCACUGUGGCAUUUUGUGAUGAUUUAGAAUGUGAACUUUCCCAUGUUCUGUCUUUUCAAACCAGGUCCAACACUGUAAAGGCCUUACUAAUCACCAAGCUGUUAACGGUGCCGUUUACAAGCCAAUUGUUAUUUUUUAUUAUGAAUCGGGGGUAUCUGGUGCUGUACGUUCCCCUCAGUAGCCUGCAUUGUUCCUUUUCCACACCCACAACUCCCUCGGCUGCUGGUUAACUCAAAUCAACAUUCCCAAACAAACAUUCCACUGCUUUCUGAUGAAGUGCAGCGAUAAUAUUUGUGUGACCGGUUACCAGUACGGCUCAUUCAGGCUUUCUGGCCGCGGGAUCAAAUUCAACUCGACCAGCACUAAAGGCCUCUUUGUCUUCAGGACCAAAACCACUAAAUGAACUAGCUGCUAGUGAGGAGUUGUUACAAAGAAAGCGACUCUGUUCGAAAAAACGUCACAAAGAAACCUCAGAGGCUGAAAAACCCGAAACCUUCUGAUCAAAUGACGAGAACUUUCUGUAAAGUCCUUUGAAAAAACAACACGGAACUGAACACUUGUGUGAUGCUGAAUGUGUCAGAUUUUAGCAUGGAGUCCAUCUGUGUCAGUGAGCGGUGUUGUUAUCAUUACAGUAUUGGUUGUUUCAUGCCUGAUUGAUCAAGAGUAUCAAGUUUAUCGACAUUUUGAAUAAAGUCUAAAUCAAGA